AUGGAUGCUGAUGGCCACAUCGUGCUAGCAGGGACAGCGCUAUCCUCUUUGGACGGGCAAACACACGGUGGCCUCAAUGACAUCUUGCUCAUGAGCUACACAAGCAGUGGGGACCAUCGGUGGACUCUCCUGCACGGCAGCAGCAGUGCAGAAGCUGCCUGGGGCUUGCAGACUUUCGCCGAUGGCAGCGUUGUUGUCGGGGGCUACUCCACGAGCAGUCUUGAUGGCGAAGCUUAUGCAGGCAGCAAUGACAUCAUGGUUGCCCUUUUCCAGGCCGAAAGCUGCUGGCAAGGCCUCAGCGCCACACUUCAGCUGGAGGGUGUCAAAGGCGGAGGCGGUUCCUUGGAGGUUUCCAUUACGGCCCACCUGACCCUGGAGAAAGCCCAGAAGGCCAAGGAGGCAGGCACUGUUUUUUUUGACGGUGUGGCAUCUUGUGUCGCCUCGUUUGGCCACACCUCCUCGCUUACGUUCCCUGCAAGAUGCCAGGAGACGGCUGAUAUCGACGAGAAGGUGGUGGUUCGCGGCGAUGUUUACAAGAUGGCCCAGAGCGUUUCGCGCGGGGUCCUGUCUGGGGAGACGGGCCCGGGCUAUGCUUACGCUACCGCGCUGAGUGGCGGUCGUGAACAUCUUGCCGUCAAGAUGGUGACGCACAGCUGGCGCAACAAAUUCACGCACCUCCUAGCCGGCGUCCUCGCGGAUGCUCUAGACGCAGAGAAAUAUGAUGAAAUUGCGCAGAGCCUCCGGGAGCAUGAAUUUGGCAAGCUGACCAAAGCCUUGCAGAAGAAAGGAAAGCUCGACGUGAGGUAUUGGAUUUGUGCUUUCUCAGUAAACCAGCAUGCCGGGAUUUGUGCAACACCUCCGCCUACGGAUUCGACUGGACAUGCCAUAACACCUUGCAGCUGCACAACCGCAAAGCAUUUUGAGGGAGACCUUAGCGAAAUGAACAAGUUCGAUGACAUGAUGGCCUAUCUGAAGAAGAGCUUUCGCCAGCAGGGCAAGGCCCGCUUAGAACAGGUCGUGGCCUUGGAGGCUGAUUUUUCGCUCCUGACAAGGGUAUGGUGCCUGGCGGAGCUCUACAAAGCUCACGAACUACAUUUGCCACAGGCUCGGGAUCUUUGUUUGGACCGGCUGGCCCGGCUGGACGUCCUCGAAGCUGAGGCCUCCUUUCCCGCAGACAAGGAGUUGGUCUUGGGCAAGAUCGAUGAUGCUGCGGCUUUCAACGUGGCCCUGCAGGACCUCGUGCUGCAUCGCUUGGAUUCGUUCCUCCAAAGCAACCGGGCGCGCUCUGCUGCGGCGCUCCUUGAUGAAGUUGUCCUGGCCUCGCUCAGCAUAGCCAUCUGA